AUGCAUCCCUGCCUGCUCCUCGUCCUGGCCCUGCUGGGCACGGCCUCCGCCAGCCACCCCGCCCCCCGCCGCCCCCGGGAGGUCCCCGCAGGCACGGCUGAGGAGGCCCACAAGUAUCGCUACUCGGUGGUGGCCAAGCUGCGCACCUACGCAAAAGCCCAGCGGUACUGCCAGGAGGUGCUGAGUGGGCAGCUGGCCUCGGUGCACAGCACCGCCCGCAACCAGGAGCUGCUGGGGCUGGCACGCACCUACGUCCGCGGCUUGCUCUGGAUCGGGGCCGUCACCAAGUGCAGGGGGGGGAGGUGGGUGUCGCAGUGGGAGGACUCCAGCCCCUGGAACUACGCCAACUGGGCACCCACCAACCCCAUCCACCUCUUCGCCACCUGCGCCACCCUCAGCACCUUCGGUGAGGGCACCUGCACUCCCACCCGCUGCACCGGGUCACCCGGGCACUGUGGCGGGGCACAAGGCCACUGGUAGCAAUGGGAGGGGGCACUGGGAGGGGGCACAGGCCACUGGUGGCAA